UUACGUGACACGUGAAGUUUUCUCCUCUCAGUUUACUGUCACUGAUAGUCCUGCAGUUGGCUGCUUUACAAGUGGACUUCGUGUUUGGCAUUUGGAGAGUGCUCAACAUUGUCUUUUGUUAGUAAGAAAGGAUGGCAGCGUGGAGACGGACAGCCUUUAGAUUGCUCACUGCUUGUCUUUUUAGACGUAACCCUGUAAGUCUUGGUCGAUGUGCUAGAGGGUUCACCUCUUCCAAAGCUCUGCGAAAAGGCAAUGACUUUUUUAAAGAUUUGGAAUCAGAAAUGAAGAAAUUCCAUGAAAAGUUAGUAACUGCACUACCUGGCAGUGAUUGGACACCCAUACAUAGGAACUUAAAUCUGCCCCCGGAGAGAGCUGACAUUGUCAUUGUUGGUGGAGGGGUAAUGGGUUGGGCAAUUGCAUAUUGGCUAAAAAAGAAGGAAAGAAUUCGAGAUGGUGUGAGAGUUGUGGUAGUGGAGCGUGACCCAACGUACACCCAGGCCUCCACAGUGCUCUCAGUGGGAGGGAUACGGCAGCAGUUUUCAAUGCCAGAAAACAUUCACAUGUCUCUCUUCUCUUGCUACUUUCUAAGGAAUAUCAAUGAAUACCUUUCAGUUAUGAAUGAAGACCCAAUUGAUGUCCAGUUUAACCAUGCAGGGUAUCUGUUUCUUGCAAGUGAAAAUGGUGCCCAAGUCAUGGAGGAAAAUUAUCAUAUUCAGAGGAGAGAGGGAGCAAGUGUCGUUCUUUUAUCACCAGAGCAACUGAAGAAAAAAUUUCCUUGGAUCAACACAGAAGGAGUUGCUCUGGCAUCAUAUGGUUUGGAGAAUGAAGGUUGGUUUGACCCAUGGAUUCUUUUAAAUGCUUUUCGAAAGAAGGCAAUAAGCAUGGGGGUAUACCAGUGCUUUGGAGAUGUUACAGGAUUCAAAACUUCAAGCAGGGAGAUGGUGACUGCAAGUGGGGAGAAGGUAGAUUUUAAAAGAAUCCGUCACGUUAUUGUACAGAUGCCAAAUAGUACAGAGUACCAACCAGUGGAGUGUGCUUUAGUAGUGAACGCUGCUGGGGCCUGGUCUGGUAAUGUGGCACAAAUGGCAGGGAUUGGUGACGAUUCAAGAGACGAUAUUCUAAGCAUGCCAGUACCCGUGGAACCAAGAAAGAGGUACGUGUAUGUGUUUCAUUCCCCUGAAGGCCCAGGUCUAGACAUGCCUUUCCUCAUUGAUAACAGUGGAGCCUAUGCAAGACGAGAAGGACUGGGAGGAAAUUAUCUUGGUGGACAGUCUCCUACUGAGGAUGGUGAACCUGAGGUUUCCAACUUAGAAGUCAAUUACGACUUCUUUACAGAAAAUGUGUGGCCCAACUUGGCAAACAGAAUUCCUUCCUUUCAAAACCUUAAAGUGAAAAGUGCCUGGGCUGGAUAUUAUGAUUACAAUACCUUCGAUCAGAAUGGAAUCUUGGGAAUCCAUCCACUGGUUAACAACUUAUACUUUGCCACUGGUUUUAGUGGUCAUGGGAUCCAGCAAGCUCCAGCUGUAGGACGAGCAAUAGCAGAACUGAUACUUGAUGGUAAUUUUCAGACUCUUGACCUCACAAAUUUAGGCUUCAAACGUUUAUUCGUUGGGGAGAAGAUGCUUGAAAGAAACAUAGUGUGAGCUGUGCUGUCCAGCAGAAUGGCCUCAGUUCAACAAGAGAUAUUUCAAAGACCUACUAUUGCAAUGUGUAACAGACGCUCCAUUUAUAUGCAAUAAAGUGCUUCUCUUGGCUCCCAUAACGUUUGACAGCAGCUCUUUUCAUUGCAUACAGAAACUUUGGUGACAUGUUAGCUGAUUAGAUGACAUGUUAUUAAACAGAUUCUAUUAUGAUGGUUCUUAGUUUCAGGAAGGGGUGGGUCUAAUUUGAGGGGGCCAGAGGAGGACUUUAGUGAUACACAAAUAUAAUGUGAUUUGCAGUAUUAAUAAAAGAUUUAAAUAAUUGUUUUCAUUUUAGCAUGCUUUUUAUAUGUAGCUGAAAUUUUGACAUUAAAGGAACACUCCACACAAUAUAUGUCCUCACCUAUGUAAGUUUGUAGUGAUGGCUCAUUAAAAAUUUUAAUUUCAUGCAGAACAGAAAUAAAAAGUUUUUGAUACAAUAGAAGUCAAUGGUGUCCAAUAUUGAACAACAGCAAAUGAUACCAAAACAUCCAUGAAAUCAGUCUCCAGUUCCUAAUGUCCCAUAGGGCACCUGUUGAGUUAUUCAGUCGUAUACUUACAACAUCCCAAACGUGUAUUUUUACUAAAAUUGUUAAAUAUAUAAACCUCCACCCCUUCAUUGGUCACAAGUCCUGUCCAGCAGUAGCUUAUUCAUUGGCUGACAUUGCGUUUCACGUGAUAUUGGCAGUGCAAAGUUCACUGAGACAUGUGUAAACAUAAAUAUUAAAAAGGCAAAGAAAAGGGAGUGAAAACCUUGUCAGGAAAAUAUAAGCCUUGUACUUGAAUGUAUCUAAGAAGUUUCAAUAAUUAGAUGAUCAGCUUACCUGUGCAAAUUUUUAAUUUGUAAUAUUUUUUUUUUUUUACCCAUUAUUAGUAAUUAAUACUACAUUUUAUUCUCUGGCUUGUUACUGUAUAUUUUUUUACAAAAUUGAAGAUACACUGUUGUUAUCACAGACCUGAGCUUCGGCUCACCUGAACUGCCUUCCUGAAGAACUGCAUACUUGAGAGAUGUCAAAGGGUGAGCACUGAGGAUAUGAAGGCUACCUCAUGUCUACUGCAUCUGAGAAUUUAAGAGACCUUGAGGAAAGUUAAAUGGGAUAUAUUAAAUAUUCUGCACUCUGCUGGUAGCACUUUGAUCAGUAUUAACGAAGGAGCUCUGUUACUCCUUAAGGGAGGAACAGCUCUUCUGAGGAUGGCAAUGGCAAAGGUCCAGAGCCAGGAUAAAAGUAAGGUGGAGAGGGUUCAAAAACUGGCCAGCCUUGAUGGCUUUUUAAGUUAGAAGAACUAUCAAAUCUCAUGGCAAGUUAAUGCGAGUUUGUAGCAUUUUGGGUAAUGCCGAGAACUGGCUUAAACCUCCUGUUUUAGAUGCUGUUUGAUGCUGAAUGGGUUACACCUGAUAGAAUCAGACAAAGGGGAAAAAGCAGGAGGGGGCUAGAGACGUAUCUGAAUAAGAUGUAUUGAAAAAUCAAAUACAUUACAAUUAAAGCUGGAAUGUGCAAUCCAGACUUUGAAAUUCAGUCUGGGUUAGUCCACAUUACUAACUAGGAGGCUGUUGCAUUAUCCUGUUGAGGCUCAUCUUUAAACUUGGCAGCAGAAAUGAUUCACUCUGUUAUAAUCACUCUAAAGAGAACUCAUUCUGAAUGCUGGUAACUUCACCCAGGCAACUUUGGAUGGAACAGACUUCUAAUGGUAUGUUUGUUUUGUGGACACAGCAAGCUGGUCCUGCUGUAUUCAAAUGUUAAUGCCUUUAAAUGAAAACCUGUAGCACAUCAGGACAGGCCUGACCAUCUUACUGCCACCUACAAGUACUGACCGCAGCAGCUCUUAAUUAUUUACAUAUGUAGUCAUUUUCUUCUCUUGAACUUCUUUAGGUCUGUCUAUCUAAAUAAUACAGAGGUACUCUAUUUGAGCCCUUGAAUAUAAAAGUGACAGACAGGAGGUGCAUUUAUAAUACAAAUUCCCACUGGCAUCUGUGCUUUUUUCUUUAUGGAUUGUUUGAUACUGUUUGCCAUUGUCCAACACUGGUCACCAUUGACUUGCAGUAUAUUGUAUUAAAAACUUUUGUGUCUCCAUUUUGCAUAAAAACAAGAGAUUGAUAAUUCAUCAUGCCAUCACUACAAACUGCUUGGGGUAAGAAACAUAAUAUACAAUUUUUGAAUGUAGAAAUCCUUUAACAAAAGAAAAAUGAUCACAAGCCACUAAAGUGCAAAUCUGAAUCCUAGACUUGGGCAUAAAGAUCUACAUAAAUCUGUGUCAUGGUUUUGGAAUAAUAAAAUCAAGUCUUUUUAACUGCA